CCAAUCAGCGCCGUGCUCCGCCUGUGUCUCUGUCACGUGCGCGCAGCGUGCGUUUGUGAUGAUGAACGCAUGAGACGCUCGGUUUAGCGCUUCUGAUUAUAUGAGUGGAUUAUAUCGUGUUCUCUUUAGUAUCUGAUCAGAGCGUGUAACGAUGAGGAAGCAGCAGACGCUCAGCCGCGGUCUGUCCGAUAAAGUCCGCAAAUCUAAAGCGGCUCCGGAGAUCCAGAGAAACCCGUUCGAGGUGAAGAUAAACCGCAAGAAGUUCGAUGUUUUGGGCCGCAAGAGUAAACACGACGUGGGUCUGCCGGGGGUCUCCAGAUCCAGAGCCAAUCAGAAGAGGAAGGAGACUCUCCUGAAGGAGUUCAGAGCGAAAGACAAAAACAACAAGUUCAUCGACAGACGCUUCGGUGAAUAUGACCAAAAAAUCACACCUGAGGAGAAGAUCCUGCAGAGAUUCACGCUGGAGCGACAGCGCACUCAAGACAGGAAGGACAUGUAUAAUCUGAAUGAGGAAGAGGAGCUGACCCAUUACGGCCAGUCUCUGGCGGAGAUGGAGAAGAUGACGGAUGUGAUCGACAGCGACAGUGACUCUGAAGAAAAGGGCCUGCUGUCAGCUGAACUGACCGCCACACAUUUCGGCGGCGGUGGAGGUUUGCUGAGGAAGAAGAGCGCUGGAGAUGAAGACGGAGAACACAAGCCCAAAUCACGGCAGGAGCUGAUCGAGGAGCUCAUUAUCAAGUCCAAACAGGAGAAGCGCGAGCGUCAGACGCAGAAGGAGGAGGCGCAGGAGCUCACGGAGAAACUGGAUCAGGAGUGGAAAUCCAUCCAGAACCUUCUGGCCCACAAAACCCCCAAAGCAGAGAGGAAGGACGAGACGGACAAACCCAAGCUGGACGAGUAUGACAUGACUGUGCGAGAGCUGGGCUUCGAGAUGAAGGCUCAACCGUCAGAGAAGCUGAAGAGCGCGGAGGAGCUCGCUCGAGAGGAGAAACAGCGCCUGCAGACUCUGGAGGCCAACAGACUGAAGAGGAUGAUGGGAGACGCUGAGGAAGAGGCUGUUCAGACCAACAUGCACAUCUCUGCUGACGAUAUGAAUGAUGGAUUCAUACUGGACGGAGACGACCGCAAAACACUCGCUUACAAGGACGGUAAAUGGAACAUUGAGGGAGAGGAGGAAGAGAAAGAGGAUGAUGAUGGUGAUGAAGAGGGAGGAGAGAAGGAGGAGGAUGAUGAUGCUGAGAGUGAAGAAGACGACGAGGAGGAGGAGGAGGAGUGUGAGGAUGAUGAUGAUGAUGAAGAUGCAGAUGAUGAUCACUGUGACCUGCAGUCUGAUGAGGGCAGUGAGGAUGAGGACGGUGAGGGCGCUGAGGAAGAGCAGGUCUGUGCUGAAGGGCCUCCAGCAGUGAUUGAGGAGCAGAAGAAAGCUGCACAGGAAGCAGCCAAAGCAGAACUGCCCUACACCUUCACAGCUCCAGAGAGCUACAGUGAUCUGAAGGCACUCUUGCAGGAUCACGGAUCAGAGCAGCAGCGCCUCAUUCUGGACAGAACGCUGAAGUGUCACCAUCCCAGUCUGGCCGCAGGAAACAAAGCCAAACUACAGAAGUUGUUCGGCUUUCUGCUGGAGUAUGUUGGUGAUCUCGCUACCCAGAAUCCUCCUGAUCUGAGAACCGUCAGUGCACUUAUCCCUGUGUGUGUGCAGCUGGUCCUCCUGAAGAUCACGGCGCUGCUGUUCCCCACGUCAGACUUCAGACAUCCGGUGACGACUCCAGCGUUCCUCUACAUCAGUCAGGCGCUCACCAGGUGUGUGGUGCUCUCUCUGGAGGACGUGUGUAAGGGUUUGAUCCUCUGCUGUCUGGCGCUGGAGUUCGUCUCUCUGUCUCUGAGGUUUUUCCCAGAACUGCUGAACUUUCUGCUGGGACUCCUGCACCUGACUGUCUCCGACAAACGCAACAUGGGUUAUAUGGUGGUGAGUCCGUUCAGACGGCAGGGGAAGAGCUGUGAUCUGCUGGUUCUGAAGGAUACUAAUGUGUCUCACAGCUGGAACAGGAAACCCAUUUCACUGCACACAGCUCACAGAAUCCCAGCCCAGAGUCCAGUGGAGAGAGACCACUACAGCAACAAAAGUGCAUUGCCAAGUUCUGGCGCCUGGGAAGUUCAUAUUUAUGAGUGGCUUGGCAGGUUUUAA